AUGGCAUCGUUGGAGCGGCUCCGCAAGAACCGCGGCGUCGUCAGGGCCAGCGUCACACGAACCAUUACGCUCCUGACCGACGAACUUCAGGCCACGGCUCCCGAUGCCGCGCAAGUUGAUUCGCACGUUACAUACCUGACUCAGAAGAACGUCGAGCUCGGCAACCUCAACAAGCAAAUCCUCGACGCCACCGAUGAUGACGCUUACGACGAAGAGCUCGAGGCCGCGGAAGACUACGACCGGAAGGUGUCCUAUGCCGUGUCUCGAGCGCGCUUCUUCCUGCGCGAACACGCCAACACAGCGACGGCAACGAGGACUUCAAGGCCCGAGGCUACGUUACUGAACGCCGAUGUCGCUGGGGCCGGCAGCUCAGCGCAUACCGAGGUCACUGACGCUGCACCUCGUACCUUCUGGGACCACUUCAGUGCCACGAUCCACCGUAAUGAAGACCUUCUGCCGAUUGAGAAAUUUAAGUACCUCCUCUCGUAUUUGAGUGGCGCCGCGAAGAGAGCCAUCGAAGGCAUUAGACUCACGGAGGUUAAUUAUGCAAUCGCCAUCAGGACCUUGACGGAGCGAUUUGGUCGACGCGACUUGCUCAUCAACGAGCACAUCGACCACCUGCUCGCCCUACCACCAGUCAAGUCUUCGGCAGAUGUCGACAAACUUCGCCUACUCUACGACAAGGUACAAUUUCGCGUCUCGGCACUGACCGGUUCGGGCGUCUCACCCGACCAGUACAACGUGGUCCUCAACCAGGUCCUAAUAGAUUCCCUCAGACGGCAAUACCACCAAGAUAUCCUCGCGUUCUUCAAGGAGGAAGCGGUGGUGGUUUCGACGGAGCUCAAGGUCCUCGCAGAGGCUUCGGAGUCCGGCCGCCCUUCCACCGGCAACGACGACACGUCUUCGCGGGACUACGGCCACACGCG